AUGCGCGAAACAACAACAUCUAACAUUACAGAAGAAGUCAAUGACAAUGCCGAUGAAAACAUUACAGAAGGAGCUAGUGAAAAUAUUGACGAGUUCAGUGAGGAAGAAGAUAUUGAAGACGUCAAUGAGAACGUUAGUGGGGAACAAUACAAACAAACAUGCGAAGAACUUACUGAGGAACUCAGUGAGGAUAUGAUUUAA